AAAAAAGAAAACUUAACUUAAAAAUGGCAACCAAAUACGAAAUGUCCAAAACUUAUCAAUACCGUAAAGUCAUGAAACCUCUAUUGGAACGUAAACGUCGUGCUCGCAUCAACAAGUGCCUCGAUGAUUUGAAAGACUUGAUGGCUGAAUGUUUCCAAAGCAAUGGCGAGAAUAAUGUUAAAUUCGAAAAGGCUGAUAUUUUGGAAGUUACCGUUCAACACUUGCGCAAAUUGAAGCAACAAAAAGAGCAAAUUGCUCACAACAAUGUAGCUGCUCAACAAAGUUUCCGUUCUGGUUAUAUACAAGCCGCCAAUGAAGUAUCACGCUGCAUGGCUAGUUUACCCAAAGUGGAUGUACAAUUCGGUACUAAACUUAUGACACAUUUGGGAUUACGUCUUAGCCAAUUGGAAGCUCCCCAAGAAAUUCCAACUGCUGUCAGUACUCCUCUAACCGUAACCUGCUCCACUCCUCAUACUUCAACUGCCAUGUAUAGUCCAGUCUCCAGUGGUUAUGCCAGCGAUAGUGAUUACUCACGUUCAUCUCCCGCUCUUUCACAACCACAGGGUCUCUUGCAACAAGUCUCCAACAACAACAACAGCACACCAGUCUGGCGUCCUUGGUAAAUUGUGGUCACAUUAACACAAUUAUCCGUUAUUGAUAAAACAAACAAACAAAUACCAGUAGUGCACUUGAGUUCUUCCAUUAUAUUAACGAUCUCGUUUAGUAAAUAAGAUUUUAUUUUUAUAUUAUUAAUUUAAUUUUUGUUAAACUAUUGAUAGGAUUUUUUAUUGUUUUUUUUUAAUAUUUUUUGUAUGUAAUAGCUUUACAUAAUCCAACUGUGAUAGGGUAGCGAUCUUUUUUUAUAUUACUUGUAAUUAUUCCACUCAAUUUAAAAUGAUUAAUUAUAUACAAUUAUAUAUAUACAUACUUGUGUAUAAGAAA